AUGCACAAUAAUAAAUAAAGUAAAGCAGUAUUGUUGCUCAAAGAUUUUCGGAAUAAUUACCAUUGUAAAGUAUCACUUUCUAUGUUUUUUUUGUGACUUACUUAUUUUUUCUUCUCAUCAAUUUCAUCAUGAUGAGGAGGCUCAGAUGAAAAAACAUGGCACAACUCGCUAAAUUUACGAGGAGUUUGCUGAUGACGUUAAGUCGCAGGCCUACAGUCACCGAGAUCGCCAUAAGUACCAGAGAGCACCAUCAGCGUCUAUGUGCUAUUGCUACAAGAAUAGCAAUUACUUGUCACAAAAAGAUAUGCUCGGCUUGUCGUUGGUAUGAAAAUUCGAGCGGGUAUUCGAGUUAUGCAAGAGCACACCAGACUAAAGCACCGAUUUUGCUAGGAGCCAGUCUCGGCUUUCUGGGCUUGUUCUUCAAGAAAAACGAUGAAGAAAAGGAGCCCGAACUUGUGACAAGUAUCAAAAGAUCCGUGCUCUUGAUUCAGAGAGGUGAAUACAAAAAAGCAGAGCAAAUGCUGCAUUUAGCUUUGCGACAAGCACAAACUGUUGAGAACGAACAAGGGGUCACUUAUAUCUAUGAUCUAAUGGCAAACUUAGCUUUUGAAAUUGGAGAAUAUGACAAAGCUCAAAAGUUGUAUACAACUGUCAUGCAGAGAUUACUAAUGGAUGGAGUGCCACAAGAUGAUCUAAGAAUUGUUACCAUGAGCUUAAAAUUAGCAAAGAUAUUGGAGCAUAAGGGAGAUUACAAUAAUGCAGAAAAUGGCUACAAAUAUUGUUUAAAGAUCUUGCAAGAACACAUUGAUCAAGGAACAAAAGAUCUUGAUAUUAUGAAUAUUUCGGCUAUGAGCCUAGAUUGGUAUGCGCACUUGUUAUUAAAUAUGUCAAGAUAUACUGAAGCCAUGAGACAUAUGAAAAGUGCUUAUGAAUUAUGUGUAAGACUUAAUGGAGAGGUCCACGAGCAAAGUGUUAUUCUUUUGAAUGAUUUAGGAUCUAUAAGUUUUACAAAAGGUAAUUUAGAUGAUGCAGUAGAUUACUUAACUAAAGCUGUUGUAACAGGAGAAAAGUUGGCAGAAAUGGAUGACAUCGCUUCCAUCCAUGUGAAUUUAGGAAAUGUUUAUAUAAAAAAAGGUUUACUAGAUGAAGCUAAAAAAUCUUGUUUGAAAGGAUGGAAGUUGUCGAAAAAAACAAAAAAUGAUGAAUCUAUGGGAGAAGCAAAACUGUGUCUUGAAGAAAUAAAGAAGUUAUUAACAAAGUAAAAAGCUGUGGAAAAUAUUCUGAAACAUUGCUUUAUGUAUAUAACAAUUUUUUUAAUUUGGACAAGAACAUUAUAAAUCUAGUCUAUAGGAACAACGUCGUUAAUAUAGAUUUUUAAUUGUAAGAGUUGAAGAGUGCUAAAUAUUUUUUUAGAUCCGUUACGUAAUAUUUUCUGUAUAUAUUUACAUUAAUUUUGGCUCAUGUAUACUUAUUUAAAGCUUUCUGAACAAACAAAAUAGUUGAAUUUUCAAAUAUGUACGGUAUAGAAAAUAAAACAAAUUUAACUCGA